UUUCUGGUAAGGUGAGGAUCUGGGAUAUCACCCAGGGUACUAUGAAGUACGAACUCCAACCAGUCCCUUACAAAAUCAACGAUAUUGCCUGGCUCAACAGCGAACAGAUUGUCGUGUGUGGUGAGGGAGGUGAUUCGACCUCUAAAUUAGUUCGUUGGGACGGUGGUGCCGUCAGUACGCUGGACCACAGCGGUCAACACUGCAACGCCGUAGACUGCAGGAAUCGCCGUCCCUUCCGCACUGUGGUUGCCUCGGAUGAUAUAUUACCGGCUUAUUACAAAGGACGGUCCGUCAACUUUACAAAGCACCUCGACCUCCGUAAUUAUUCCAGAGGCGUGAAGGCGAUCAAGUUCUCACCUGACGGUGAAUACCUUGCUGCCGGUGACGGUAACAGCCAGGCGUUCUUGUACACUGGACUUGAAGGUGAACUGGUAGGUGAGCUGCAAGAUGUGGACGAUUUCGCAGCCCACAGACGCGGUGUAUAUUCGGUGUACUUUAGUCCUGACAGUAAACGGCUCCUUACUGCAUCUGGCGACAGAACUGUCAAAAUGUGGGAUGUUGAAACACGGCAGCUUAUCACGACUUUUAAUAUGGGCACGGCGGUUGAAGACGAGCAGGUCGCUGUCCUGUGGCAAGAAGAUUACAUCUUGUCUCUUUCCUUGGGGGAUGACAUAUAUUACCUGGACAGGAACAACCCUGACACUCCACUGCGGAUUAUCAAGGGUCACAGCAAACGCAUCGUCGCGAUGGUCCUGUCUAGCGACGCCAACACCAUUUAUUCGGCCUGCCUGGACAAAGUUCUCUACUGGGAUGCCGAGAGUGGUGAGUGUGACGUAGUUGCGCCGGGAACGGACGCCCUACUAAACGUGGCAAAGGGCCGCGUCUCGGCCAUGAGCACCAACGGCAACACAGUAGCCUCCCUUAUGAAUGGCGAGAUUCGCUUCCUCAACACUGAAACGAAGGCUUACACAGAUGAAAGGAUCGAACUUGACAACCAGGCAAAAUGCAUAACAGCCAAGGGAGAUUUGAUGGUGGUCGGCACAGUCGGAGAUAUUUGCAUGUUCAAGAAUAAAACCAAAGUUGACUCGAAGGUGAUCGGCUACAUUGCCAAUGCGGCCCACUUGAGUCCCAUGGACUUUUUGGCUGUGGGCGGAAGCGACAGCAAGGUGCACAUUUUUGACGUUUCAAGGGACACAUUGACGGAACUACAUCAGCUUCCUGCUUCAGGAAACGUCGGCGCGGUGCAGUUUUCUAGCAACGGGACGCGCCUGGCCUGCGGUGAUGAAAGCGGGCAAAUCCUGGUCUGGACAGUCAGUAGAUUUGGUGAUCGGUCGAUUCUUCUUCAAGUGGUACGGAAUUCCUGGUCUGGCCACGAUAGAAUCCUGUCGCUCAGUUGGAAUCCUGAGGGCAAGCGCAUUGCCACGGGAGAUUCGACAGGCGACAUCGGCAUCUGGGAUGUAGACAACCUUCAAGAAGGCAACCUGAUCUUGGAGGCCCAUCCAUUUUCUCCAGUCACUGCGGUUGCAUGGCGAGACAACACCACCGUCGUGUCUGCGGGACACGACAAUUGUAUCAAGCAAUGGACGGUCUAGAAGACAUGGAGUCAGAGGUCAUUCUCAAAAAUCCAUUGGGCAACAAACUAGCCAUUUUUUGCAAAUGGAAGGAUUUGUUGAUUGCUGUUAUUUUUGUCCCUUAGCGAAUAUAUAAAACCAACGAAAAAGCAUAAACAGUUAGUCUAAGGAUAAAAAAUGGUUUUGCAUAUUUUUGAGAAACACUUGUGUAAUACAGCACAAUAAUUAUGUUUAAAUAUUUUACUCCACAAGGAUUGGUGCAAGAAUUAGGCAAGCAUUAAUCAACAUGAUUGGUAAAAAAAAACCGGAAAAUAUUACUGCUUUUUGGGGGUACUUUUUUAAACAUGUUUAAAAUCUUUACAUAGUGCAGGAGUAAAAUUUGACACUACAGAAGCUAUGUCAAGUUUACCCCCAUAACGACCAUGUUCUAUUCUUACUGCGGAGUACAAUUUUACCAAAUAUUGCCUAUUUUUUAUAAUAUAUUAGUGUGCAAGGAGUCCAUCGGUGGAAGUGGCAUUAAGCGCACGCGUUCCACCGGCAAACAAGCGCAGCUAAGCCACUUUCAUCAAUACCAAUGCUUUUAGGAAAAAAAAAUAUACAGACCAUAAAAGCAAGUUCGUGCGCAAACAAUCGUUGACCAUAUUUCAACUAACUUCAUUCGAACAAAGGCUGGUUCCAAUGCUGGUUACCCAUAGCUGAGCACAUGGCAGUUCACAACAGGGAACCAGGACCAAAAGGUUUCAUGGUGAUGUUUUGGCCAUCGUUUGACUAGAAGCCGCCUCUCAUAAGAAGUGCACGCAGCAAAAUCUUAAGUUCCUGCUGAUUUUGUUGAAUUAGUUUAUGAUUCUCUAUAUGUUAGAAAUGUUAGAAAGAGAGAUUAUAAUAGUAUGCCACAAAGAUACUUUAAAGAUACGCCUAAAAAUUGGGCUUUUGGGGGCACCUUAUGAUACCUUUAAUGCAUUAAAUACUACGGAGUUAUAUGUGUAUGUCAAUCUUUUUCCAGAAUAUCGAAUCUUAAGUAAGUUCUUACCUGAGGCAAACGAUUUGAAAACCUUCAGGGUUCUAUGCGCAAACAGUAGGCGGCGCUUUUUGAUCAACUUUGAAAGUUUCAGUGGAGGGACACAAUUUGUGCACGUAUGUCUUCGUACUCUUUUAUGUUAAGUAGGCCUAUGCUAUUUUUUUUCAAAUUGGGAAGAUUGAAGCUUUGAUUUUAGCUUCUUUAGAGCUUUGUUAUAUAGUUAGACGAUAGACUUUUAGUUAUCUUGAAUGAAAUUGCAGGGUUGUGGAAAACACUAAAGAUAUACGAUUUUUAAAAAAUUAUGCUCCUUUUUCAGCUUUGAUUUUGGUUGCUGUCAUAGUUCCGACAGAUGUUUAUUUCUUUGUUAUCUUGAUAAUAGUAAAAAAUGCUGUAUUUUUAAUUGGUGUUCAUCAGUUCAUUAUUCCCAAUUAUAUAAUAUAUUAUACCAAGGGUGAUAGUAGUGAUAUAUACUUUAAAUAUUUUGAGGUUAUGGACAAAAGUGAAACGGUAAAAAGAAUGGGCGUUAUUAAAGAUAGUUUGACGUGUUUUCAAAGGGAUUUUUACGUGACUUCCCUGUUUACUGGGAUGCGACAAGUUUGCAUUACAAAUUGAAGACUGCUUUUAAGCAAAAGGUUUACUGGCAUCUAUUCUUUUUAUACAAAUGCAGUUUUACUUAUCAUGAGACUACAUAUUCAUGUCAGCCAUGUUGCAUAUAUAGAGCUACCAAAUACGGCUAACAGCGUUUUGCCAUCCAAAUGGAUAACCGGCUUAAUUGUAUUGCCCUUGCAUCUGAUUGGUACUAGGUUUCUCUUUGUAUUUGUUUUUUGUGGGAGAUUUGAAUUUGGUUAGCAAGUUUAACGCAAUAUGCAGUGUAGGAGCUCCGUGAAGUUUUCUCGUAUCUUUUUGAAGUUGUUCAGUUUCACAUUUUAAUGGUGUUUACUAUAGGUACAGAAGGGAUAAAACAAUAUUAAACUUAAACUGGCUUAUAGUUGUGAAGCAAGUA